CACAUUGAAACCUCGUCCUCCGAAGAGACAGCACUAUGAAGUAUACUAUUGUCGCGUUAUUAAGCUGCUUUUUAGCACUAGAAGCUACACCGUUAUUUAACCAAUUUGGUUUGGAUGACGACACGACAGGAAUAGGGACCGGGUUGGGUAUUGGGUCUGAUUUAGGGUCAGGUAUAGACGAUAUUGGCACUGACAUUGGUACCGGUAUAGGUACCGGUAUGCUGAACGGUAUUGGCACCGGUAUGGGAACUGGCGUGGGUACCGGUAUGAUGAACGAUAACUUCGCUCACGGCGGCCAGUACGGUGCCCAGAGCUUGACCAACGGCGAGUCUGGCCUCGGCUUGCAGGCCGCGCAUAUCGCUGGCGUAAGCAACUUCCACAACAUCGGAUCUCACCACACUAGUAAAACUUCCAUAAACCACGUAGAAAGCGACGAGACCCACAACAUAGGCGGUAGUACUGCAUUCGACCAAGCUGCGCUGGCUGGUGGCGGCUUCAACCGCUACCAGAAGGGCGCUUCGCAGUUCGGCAACAACUACGGUGCGGGCAACCAGCAAGGCUUGAUCGCAUAAAAUAUAAAACCUCGAGAUGAAA